ACACAGAGAGUGAGCCAUCAGUGAUGCAGUUUAGCGCGCCGCAUCAGUAAUCUGCAUUUUCAUUGUUUGUCAAACGAAUGCCCCUGAAUCGAGAGCUUUUAUCGCUCGAAUAGAUAAAGUUAAUCCUAUUGCCAGCUCAAUUACUGCCAACGAGUGAUAAGCAGCAGCAGGAGUAACUCGUGAUGAGUAAACUCCACUUCCAUCGGGAGCUUCAGCCGUCCGAUCCGCACCAGUCGCCGGUGCUGAUCGUCGGCCAGCAGCGUCACCUGGCUGAGCUCAAGUUUGACCAGGUUCGGUGCAAAUUGGAACCGCGCGUUUCAGAGGACACUUUUACCAAAGCCAUCGCCUAUCUGCAUCCGGCGCCAACCGAUACCUGUUCGUUGUUUCUGGAUUUGGCGAAAGUUGCCGCCUUACCGACCAAGUCUUCCCGGCAUAACUCCGAUUCAAGGGCUCAUGCCCUGACCAAGUUGGUACAGACCAACUCGUCCGGCGUGAACGAAUCGAUUGUGGUGGUCUGCGAAAGGAAGUGCCUGUUCGCUUCAGGUUGUGCAGUGGCUAGAGCUUUUCCACUGUACAGUCGCAAGACGACGAAGGGCAGUGCUAGUAGCGAUACGGUCAAGCCGGAAGCGGCCACCGUUAAUGUAGAGUUUGUCCUGGUCGGGGGUGGAGAUGAGCUCUCGGAUCAGGAUGUGAAGGUACUUGAGUAUGCGGCCAACGGUAUUCGUUUGACGGCGAAGAUAGUUGACGCUCCUUGUAACGAGAUGAAUGUCUCUGGAUUUUUGAAAGAGAUCGAAACCGUCGCAAAGGAAUUGCAUUUGGUGCCGAAGAUUAUUCGAGGUGAGGAGCUCAAUGAGAGAGGUUUUGGAGGCAUCUAUGGUGUAGGAAAAGCUGCCGCUGAUCCCCCGGCUCUGGCAGUUUUAUCAUAUGAGCCUGAAGGUGCGACUGAAACCGUUGCCUGGGUUGGUAAGGGUAUUGUAUUUGAUACCGGCGGUCUCAGUAUCAAGGGAAAGACGGCGAUGCCUGGAAUGAAACGAGACUGUGGAGGAGCCGCUGCCAUAUUGGGAGGAUUUUAUGGCGCUGUCAAGAGUGGUUUCAAGCAAAAUCUGCAUGCUGUAUUUUGCCUAGCGGAAAACUCGGUAGGACCUAAUGCAACGCGUCCGGAUGAUAUCCACCGUUUAUACUCCGGAUGCACGGUUGAGAUAAACAAUACGGAUGCAGAAGGUCGGCUGGUUCUAGCCGAUGGAGUUUGCUAUGCUGAUAGGGAUUUGAAGGCAAAAGUCAUCUUGGAUAUGGCCACUUUGACGGGAGCACAAGGGAUAGCGACUGGUAAAUACCACGGAGCUAUUCUUACUAAUAGUGGCUCUUGGGAAAACAAGGCACUAGUUGUUGGCCGCCAAACGGCUGACUUACUGUCCCCGGUUCCAUACUGUCCGGAGCUUCAUUUUAGCGAAUUCACAUCAGCCGUAGCAGAUAUGAAGAACUCCGUAAUGGACCGCAGUAACGCUCAGGUUAGCUGUGCCGGCUUAUUUGUUGGUGCUCAUCUCGGAUUCGAGUACAGCGGAGUUUGGAUGCACGUCGAUAUGGCAUCGCCGGUCCAUUGUGGGGAACGAGCCACCGGUUAUGGAGUUGCUCUCCUGAUGGGCCUGUUUGGUAAUCACAGCAAGGGCGCUUUACUACAACAGAUUGCUGCAGUUGCUUCCAAGAAUACUUCCGAUUUUGACUCAGAACCAACAUUAAAAAAAGCUCGUGUUGAUUAAAUGCAGAGAAAAAACGUAAACCAACAUAUUACGGUAGGUAUGUAGUGCUAAUUGCGCCUCAACGGUUUUUGAAGUCAGGAUUUUACUAUAUUUUUAUGGAAAUGAAAUAAAACUUGAUUUUCAUCAAGAUAGAAAAACUA